AUGAGCAACUCAAUGGAGAAACAUGUUACGGAAUUCAUGAUUACCGAGAAUAAUGGCUCGUUCUCCUCUGGUGCGGCAAAGCGCAUUGUCGAAAUUGUCAAUGAAGAGGAUGCCAAGUCUAAUUUACUGUCAUUGAUCCAGUCGCUUGGAGAGUAUCUUACGCAUGAAGACGACAGUUUGCGGGCAAAAGCUACUUCUUUGCUGUCAUAUACGUUGGAGCAUGUAGAGCAGGAGAAAUUGAAUGAGGCUGCAGUAUCUGUUUUGGUCAAUUUUUACUGCAGUCGCUUAUCAGAUCUAGCUAGCGUUCCCAAUCUCAUGUCGGGAUUAGUGGCACUAACAAGCAAAUUUGAUGGUUUCAAUGCUGCCUGUACAAACACCAUCGUUUCAAGUCUCGGAAAUGACAUUCAGGUUCAGUCAUUUGCACACGUUACCAGAAAUGCCGCAUUCAAGGUAUUCGAGAACCUUUUGGAAAAACACAGCCAGCAUGUGAAGUCGAUCACAAACGAGUUCAUUACAGUGUUCAUCCAGUCCAUUACAAAUGAAAAGGAUCCUCGCAAUUUAAUGUCUGUUUAUACAGUGAUUCAGAAGAUUGUCAAGCUGUUGGAUAUCUCGCAACACGUGGAAGAGCUCUUCGCAGCUACAUUUUGCUACUUUCCCAUUACAUUUCGUCCUCCACCCGACAACCCGUAUGGAAUCACAGCCAAGGACCUCAAGUUGAACCUGAGAAAGUGCAUGGCCUCCACUCCCUUGUUUUCAGAAUUUGCAUUGCCAUUAUUGCUGCAAAAAAUGUCUACAACAUCUGGAAGCGCAAAAAAGGACUCGUUGGAGACCAUCACAGCAUGUGCCUCCGUAUACCCACCCAAGGACAUUUUAGCAGUUGGAAGCAAGCUCUUGGAUGCUAUUAAAAUUGAAAUCAUUAAUGGUAGUCCUGACCCAGGGCUGAGAGAUCCAUCUCUAAAUGCCAUUCAUGCCAUCACGAAGGCCAUCACCAGCGACAGCACCUCCAAAGAAGACGAUGUCACCAAAGUGUUGAAGCCUCUUGUGGAUGAUUGCGUCCAUUUACUAGGCGAGUUGGAGGAAGAUACUGUUAAACCGGCCAGUUUGAUUUUGAGAUCCAUUGCCUCUGCUUCUGCAUUUGCAUACACAUUAAUUGAGAGCACCGUCUUGCCUCUAUUGCUGCGUCAAUACAGAACUCAUGAUGCCAUACCCGACCGUUAUUUGAUUUUGUGUACUAUGGUUGCCAUUAUCCAAGCUCGAAAGAUUGUAUACGGUGCUGCUACAGGCAGUGAUGAUGGCAUUGAAGUUGGUCAUGACUCGAUACUCGUAUCCUACAAGAGCAAGUUUGUAGAGAUCUUUUCUCAUGCUAUCAAUACGUCAAAAGAGCACCCUGAGAUUAGACUGAUGGGUACUCUAGGUUUGGGAUUGUUGUGUGUGUUGAAGAACUUUUUGACUCGCAGUGAGAGAGCUGUGAGCGUUCAGGCACUAAGUCUCUUUCUUGAAACAGAAGAAGAAGAUAGACUGAGAAUGUCUGUGGAGAUGUCUUUGAUGGAGAUCUCUAGUUUUGAUGCUAGUCUUGUCAGGGACAUCACAGUGCCUGUUCUUAUCAACCUUCUACCCGAUUUCUCGUCCAUGGAUGGCAACACCAACAUAGACAUCGUACCUUAUAAGUUGACUUUGGCGACUAUCAACAAAUUAUGUAUACCACCCACUAUUUACGAGGCCACUGAGCAAGAAUUGCUGACCAAGUUCUUGUACAUUUGUAGCCAUAAUCAGGACAAACGGUAUGCACGAGAGAUUAUUUCGACUCUAUUGACGCUUGUUCGUACCAAAGACAGUGACAAACAACCAGACAUCAAAGCGUGCUCAGAAACAUUGCUGCCCAAAUUGUUCGCUUCUGUCGUUUCUGCUGUUACGGAUGAAACUGCUGAUCCAAAUCAAGUUAUUAUACUUAGCGACGAGAUCUUGGAAACAGUCAAUCUUAUCCUUUUGACUGUGCUCAAAAACCUUGGCACAUCUGAGCAAGAAAAGUAUGCAGUUCAAGCCUUUAGCUACUUCAAAGACCUUGAUCUCAAUCCCCUUGGCCUGAAAGCAGCACCCACUUUUUGCCCUCUCUCUGCUCAAGCCAGCAAACCCCAAGCAGCUUGUACACAGCUAUUUGCUACAGUGAUCGCUUCAUUCAGAAAGAAUGUCACUUUGCCUAUUCAAUCCAAUGAGUCUUUCCUGGAUGAGAUUGUGGGUGAGGCCUUGAAAAGUACACAUGAGAAGCAAAUUCUUGCAUUUUCAAGAAUCAUAGCAUCUGUUAUCAACAAGUGGAAGGAUGAUGUUUCAUUCCAAGCUUACCUGGACACUUUGAAAUUAAGAUUAGAGCAGCUAGUAGAAGCCAAAUCACAGCCAGCACUGUCCAUUUACAUUUGGGUUACGAAAGCGCUUGUUACUCGAGCACACAAAAAGAAUGCUGACAUGAUUGACUAUCUGAUCAAUGUGAUCCCAGAUCCUGUUGUUGGAAAGCAUGCCUCAAGCGGAUUUGACAUACUCAUUGGCGAUGACGCCUUAUGUUUGAAUAAGCAGUGCUAUGCCAACAUCUCGUUUUUGUACAAGCAAAAGUUCAUGACCUUUGCACUUCCCAAGCUGUUGAAAAACUUUAAUGCCUCCACGGAAGACGAAAAGCUGAACUUUUUGAUUGCUAUUGCGUAUCUGUUAAAAAAUGUGCCAAGAUCGAUUCUCAUUGAUGAGUUACCACCACUUGUACCAUUGUUGAUAGAGUCCAUGUCUUUCCCAGACACAGUGCUAAAGCUCUCCACGCUCGACUUGUUCCAAUUUAGUCUUCAAGAAGCCACUGAUAUCAUGGCAAAGCACAUUCUCACACUGCUGCCUGCUUUUACAUCGCUUAUUGGACCUGCUGAAAAGUCCAUGAAGGUGAGAAUAUCAGCACUGAAAUGCAUUGGCCUCAUCUCCACAAACAUAUCCAGAGAUGUCGUGUUGCCAUAUGUAAAAGAUACGCUCAAGGCCAUUGCAGUUCCUCUAGACGACAAGAAGCGACUUGUGAGAAGACAAGCCGUAGAAUGCAGAGAAAGCUGGUAUCUCAUAGGGUCAAAAUAG